GUUAGACGUAAACUAGCAUCAGAAAAACUUCUCUUUGAUGGCUGGAAGAGGCGCAGGACGAGGUCGGGCGGCCGUAUCUAUUGCAUCUGGAAGCGAUGCAUCACCGACAUCCGGCAGAGGCCGCGGAAGGGGAUCAGUGGUGUCGAGUCCGUUGUUGCCUCGAGCUCCUACUACUCUAUCUGACGUCGUGUCAGAGAUUCAGAAAAUUCGAGCCUCCGAAAGCGAACCCCUCCCUCCAAUCCUUAUUCACAAGUGUGUUUCAUUUACGAGAGGUAGUGGUACCAACGAGCAGCUCGUUCAGACGAUUUUCGAAGCCGUGUACGACAACCGCGAGCGAGCAGAGCCGCUCGCCAUUCUGAGCUCCACUCUGAGCUCCGACGGUGACAACCUUAUUGGCAAACCGUUUCGAAAUGCGCUUCUUAGUCACAGCCAGUCUCAGUACAACCAGAGAAAGGAACUGAGAUUGCGGUCGGUCGAAGUCUGGCUGUGUAUGAUCUCCUUUCUCAGCUAUCUAUUCAAAUAUUUGAAAGCCGGAGGUCAACCAAUCAGAGCGCUCUCGGGUCCGUUGUCGGUGUGUUUUAGUGAUAUUCUAAGUGGUGAUGACAUCAGUGACGACGAGAUCGACUGUGUUUGUGACUUACUUCGUAACGUCGGGUCGGCUAUAGCUCAGUCGUCGUCCGAGCAAGACGUCCAGUUGAUCAAACUAGUGAGAGACAAAAUUCUGGCGUCGAGCACAUCGAAUCGUGCUCGGUGUCUGCUAUUGGAGCUUUUGGAAUUUAGAGCAGCCGGGUGGACUGGAAAGGAGGAAGCGAACAGAUUCUAUGCUGAUACAUUGGGUGAUAUGCACUAACAAGCGGCAGCUAACGUACUGAAUGAGAACUAUAUUGAUAUCUACUGAUAUGAGAAGGAGGACAAAGAGUAUUGAUGUUACUAGUAGUGUAAGUGAGAUUGGACAGCAUGCACCCAACGUUAAUGAACUUGAUUGCACAGAUGUGAUCUGAUCAUACCUUACCUCUACCUUUUAGUAUCUCUUUCUAUCAUAGAAUGGUGGUUUCAUCAUACUGAUGUCUGAGGCAUGUGAUCCUCUUAUAAACAUGUUAGCAUGUAGACUGUUUAACUUACCCGGUCCUCUUCUUAUGUGCCCACGUGCUCGACCACGUGCUGGCAUUACACUCUCACGAGAACAUUAUGUCACGUGAUCAUUUAUUUCAUUACUUGAUUAGUAACUACACACUUUAAUAAGCUGUCUCAGAUUACUCUUCUUGUGAGAGUGUGAUGCCAGUAUGUGGUUGAACAUGUGAAUAUACGAGCACACGAGAAGAGGACUGGGUAGGAGUAGAUAUGUAGCAUGCACAGUGUCAGUAUUGUUGACACAAGGUUAUGUGGCUAUAUUGCAAAGGUAAUUCUAAAGUGUUGACAUCAUCAGAAAAUUAAAGAAAUCACAUACACACACACACACACACACACACACACACA